AUGCUCCGACACAUCAGUUUACUUUGGGGCUUUGUGGUUAUCGCCUCCGGGCAAUACUACGACACUUCAUAUGUCAAUCGCAUCGACACAACGGCCAGGAACGCGGGACCUCUUACUACUGUCUUCACGGCACCUUCGUCAUGCUCAACACCGAGUCCUGGCUUGUGGCUUGAUCGACCUGCUCUGACACAGGCAUGCCAGGGACCGUACGGCAACGAGUGUUGUCCUGAUGGCUGGAAGUUUACUUUCUACUUCAGUCCAGGACGAUGUCCAUACAACUACAAGACAUGUACUCUUCCGACCACCACCCAGCGAGAAGAGACGACUGUCAUUUGCUGUCCACAGGGAUUCGACUGUUACGGACAAAACUAUUGCGGAAAGACAUUCAACGUCCCCACGACAAUCACAUACUCCGACCCGACCCUCUCCGCGGUCACGACCGUUCGAGCAAUGACCGCAGACGGGAUUCAGAUCCGAUUCAAAGCCUCAGAGUCUACCCUUGUUCCGAUUGUGACCGACUCGCUGAGGCUACCCAAGGAUCAUUCCUUGAGCAAGGGUACCAAGAUUGGAAUCGGAAUCGGAGUGCCCGCGGGUGUGAUCCUGGUGGGAUUUCUUGGAUUUUGGGGAGUGCGAAGAUAUCGUCGGAGGAUGACGAGAAGGGCGGAUGAGGCGGUUUUGGUAGAUGUUUCGUCGCUGGGAAGACAGAGGGAGGCACCUCCUGCGUACUCGAGGCGGGUGAAGGUCUAG